CGUCAUGAUCAUCGAAAUAUUUUUCUGCGAGUGCUUCCUGACGUUAUCGCACAGGUUAAAGGUUCCAAUUAUACAGUUCAACACGUUCUGGCCCGGCGCCUGGACUGGAGACAUUGUCGGAAGCCCAAGUCCGUACGCUUACGUUCCCGAUACUUUCCUCGCUUACACCGACCACAUGACGUUCUUCGAAAGACUCCACAACGCAGUGUUCGGGUUGUACUGCAAGCUCAUUCGUGAAAUGUACUUGCUGCCGAAAAUGGAGGAUCUCGUGCGGCGCCAUGUGAACGACCCGACUAUGCCGACUCUAUCAGAGUUGGACAGGAGCACUUCCAUGUUGUUGACCAACAGUCACGUCAGCCUGCAGUACCCACGACCUCUGGCACCUGCCUUGGUCGAAGUUGGAGGCAUGCAUGUCAACCCACCGAAGAAGCUACCCAAGGAUCUGCAAGAAUAUCUCGAUGGUGCAAAAGAUGGAGCAAUAUAUUUCAGCCUCGGGUCAAACUUGAGAAGCGCUGAUUUACCCAAUGAAACCAGAUCGGCUAUUGUGAAUGCUUUCUCGAAGCUCAAGCAGCGUAUACUAUGGAAGUGGGAAGCUGAAACAUUUCCAGGGAAGCCAGAUAAUCUGAAACUUGGAAAAUGGCUACCGCAGUCAGACAUAUUAGCACACAAAAACAUACGACUUUUCAUUACGCACGGAGGAUUCCUGAGUACACUUGAAACAGUGUACCAUGGUGUGCCUGUGAUUGGAAUUCCUGUGUUCAGUGAUCAAGAUCUUAACAUGCUUCAAGCAGAAUCCAAAGGAUAUGGAAUCAGACUACGUUUGAAUAACAUAACCUCAGAGACAUUUUACUGGGCAAUUACGGAAAUACUCAAUAAUCCUCGGUACCAAACAAAGGCGAAGGACCUGUCCCGCCUGUACCAUGACAGGCCUCGAACUCCCAUGGAGGAACUUGUGUACUGGACAGAGUACGUAGCACGCCACAAAGGAGCCUCACAUAUGAGAUCUGCAGCUGUGGAUCUUAGCUGGUAUCAGCUGUGCCUGCUAGAUGUCAUCAUCUUCAUGCUAACAAUUGUCACAGUGGUUGCGAGUCUUCUAGUGAUAAUAUUAAGAGUUGUUCUCAGGUUCCUGUUCAGUAGUACACCCAAAAACAUUGCUGAAAAUGGCAUUAAGAAAAAUCUGAAGAAGAAGCAGUAAGAGUGGAUGAAUA